UCUUUGACCUGCUAGAAAAUCAUAAGACAACUGAAGUACAGUGACAGAAACAUAUUAAAUUUGCUACCGUCAGACUACGAAUAGUUUUUACAAUGAAACUUUUACUUUUUGCUGUUAUUGGUUUGACAUAUCCAAUUUUGUGUCCUGCUAUUCAAUGUUACGUAUGCAAUCACUCAGACAAUCCAAUCGCACAACUUGUUGGAAUUCCAAACGAUAACAAUUGCAAAAAGGCUGAUGACAAAUAUUUGAGAGAAUGCUCAGAUUCCGAUAUUCGAUCCUUAACAGCAGACAGGUCUAUGUUGACCAAUUUUACUGAUAGCUGGAAAACUGACACAUUUUUGGCUGGUGACCAAAGACAAUCAAACUAUUCUUGUGUUGUAGCGACAUCAAAAAGUGGUAAUUAUACAACUGUCGAACGUCUUUGCAUCAAAUAUCAAAGCGAUAUAUGUGAAGUUCGACCAAUUACAAACGGUACUUCAGAGGUUUGUAUCUGUAAUACAGACAAAUGCAACAACUCCAACACGGUGUCAUCUUCUGUCACGGCAGUAUUAUUUACUACGUUCUUUUUAAUUAUUUCGAAUUCUAGUUAGGUCUUCUAAAAAAAAUCAACAAGAAAGUGUGUGAUAAACAAAUUUGCAGUUGAACUCAAC